UUUAAUUAGUGUGAAGCUACACCAUCUAUGUCUCUAACUGGAAUCCUGUCCUGCUUGUUUCAACACAUAUUUAUGUGUUAAGAGAAGCAGUGGGAGCCUCAGUCAGUAAGUCAGUCAGUCAGUCAGUGAGUCGUGCAAGAUGAGCCUGAACAUCCCAGGAUUGCUGGUGAUGGUACUCUUCUACCUGCUGGUGCUGGCCACUGGCAUUUGGGCUUCCAUGAAGUCCAAGCAGGCACCGAAGAGCAGCCAGACAGACCUGACAGAGACCACUCUGCUGGGCAACAGGGGGAUCAGCCUGGUGGUGGGAGUCUUCACCAUGACAGCUACAUUUGUUGGAGGGGGCUUCGUCGUUGGUAUGUCAGAGGCCGUGUACAAUCCAACUAUGGGACUGAUCUGGGCUGUUAUGCCCGUUACAUCAGCCAUGUCUUUUGUUGUCGGUGGACUUUUCUUCGCUAAGAGAAUGAGAGACAGAAAAUAUGUGACAAUGAUGGACCCUUUCCAGAUCAAGUAUGGAAAUGUAAUAAGUGGAGUUCUAUCUGUGGCACUGCUGAUAUCUGACAUCAUCUGGGUCACAGGAACUCUAAUUGGUUUAGGUGCAACAAUGAGUGUGAUCCUGGAUAUUUCCUACACUCUCUGCAUUUGGAUCUCUGCCACAGUAGCCAUUAUCUACACACUGCUGGGAGGCCUCUACUCUGUGGCCUACACAGACGUCAUACAGUUAACCCUCAUUUUUGUUAGUUUGUGGCUAUCUGUCCCCUUCGUCCUGAUGAACCCCCAUUCAGCUGACAUCACCAAGACCGCUUACAACUUUACCUACCAGGCUCCCUGGAUUGGUUCAGUGAAGAAAGAAAGAGCGUGGGUGUGGAUUGAUAAUUUCUUAUUAUUGGCUCUUAGUAACCUGGGAUAUCAGGACUUCCACCAGAGGACCCUGUCAGCCUGCUCUGGAGCCACAGCCAGGAUCACCUGCUUUAUUGCAGCUCUUCUCAUCUUCAUACUCGGAAUCCCAUCUGUGUUGAUCGGAGCAGUCGCAGCAUCAACAGACUGGAACGUGACUACAUUUGGCUCCCCGUCCCCAUACGAGCGUGGAGAUGCCAGUCAGAUUCUGCCCAUUGCUCUGCAGAAUCUCACCCCAAACUACAUCUCCAUCAUCGGUAUCGGAGCUAUAGCUGCUGCCGUCAUGUCAUCAACAGACUCGGCUCUGUUGUCAGCCGCCUCCAUCUUCACAUCCAAUAUCUACAAGAAGAUCCUGAGGACCAAGGCAUCAGAUCGGGAGCUUCAGUGGGUGAUACGUGUGACAGUGGUGUUGGCGGGCUUGGCUGGCACAUCGCUCACCUUCCUACACAACAGUAUCAUGUUUUUCUGGAUCCUGGGCUCAGACAUAACCUAUAGCAUUAUGUUCCCUCAGCUCGUCUGUGUCCUCUUCUUUAACAUCUGUAAUGGCUACGGCUCCAUCAUGGGAUUACUAGUCGGACUGUUGUUGAGACUGCUGAGUGGUGAGCCAAUGCUAGGCUUGCCUAUUGUUCUUCACCUCCCAGGUUGCACUCUUGAGGAGGGAGUAUAUGUCCAGCGUGCUCCUGUUAGGACCAUCUGUGUGUUGUCCACCAUCUUUGCCACUUUGAUAUUCUCCUACGUGGUUUCGCUGCUCUUCAAUAAAGAACUGAUCCCUGAGAGUUGGGACGUAUUUAAAGUAAAAACCCAUAAACCACCACAGGAACAAAUAUUAAUGAGUAAUGGCACCACCACAAAAGACGAGGAGGAGAACCUUGAAGUUCAGAAUGGGACUGAGUUAAUUUUGAUUUGGAAUCAAGAAUCGCUUAAAAGACACCCGCCAGACCCCGGCUGGGGCUGGGAAUGCAUGCUCACAUGCGACUACAAAGUCGACAUGUCCCUGUUAGAAACUUACGCUAAAUAUCCACUCCUUGCCCACGCAAGCACCGCCACACCAACUCCUCAAAACACCACUGUAGCAACAGACGUCAAAUUUAGAUGUUUUCACCGAGGAGUGGCCGGCUGUACCAAACUCAACGCCGGGAGGAUGGAGAGGUACAUGCGCGAGAGUAGUAUUGGCAUUGGAUGUCCUUAUUAUGCCAUACGAAGCCUCACAGGCAGAAAUGCUCCAGCCCAGACUUUUCCUCCAUUGAUCCUAAUGUGUUGA